AUGGAUAGCUCAACGGAGCGUCAGUGCUACCGCAUGGAGCAAAGCGUGGGCGGCGUUCUGGAGAUGAGCAAGUUAACCGGCGCCAAGUGUCAUCCCAGGCUGGCGGGUCCACAAAUACGCAAAGUCUACGAGACACAGCGGUCGGCAUAUAAUGAAACCAAGCGCAUAUCGCUGGUGAGCAGCUUUCUGGCCUCAUUGCUGGUGGGCAACAUCGCGUCUAUAGACUACACCGAGGCCUCCGGCAUGAAUCUCUUCGAUUUGCAGAGCAUGCAGUGGUCGCAACAGUGUCUGGAUGCCUGCGCGCCAGACCUAAGAAAGCGCCUAAUGCCGCCAAUAGCAGCGAAUCGUCUACAAGGACGCAUAGCGGAUUAUUAUGUAAAGCGUUGGAAUUUUCGUGCCGAUUGCAUGAUUGUGGCUGGCAUGGGAGCUCAUUGCUCGGCUAUAGCUGGCGUCAAGCUGGAUGACAAUUGGCUGGUGCUAACGCUUGGCAGCUACGAUGCCAUUAGCAUGGACUUUAAGCAGCGACCAGAGCUGCAUGAAGCCCACGUGCUUUGCCAUCCAACCAAACCGCAUGAGUUUGUGGGUAUGCUGGCAUUUCGCAAUGGCUCCAAGCUGCGUGAGGACAUGUGUCAGCUGCUGGCGAAUGGUGACUGGGAUAGGUUUGCUCAAAUGCUGCGCGACACGCCCAUGGGCAAUGAAGGCCACAUAGCGGCGCAUUUUCCCGAGCGUGGUUAUUAUCCUUUCGCCAAGGGCACGCUGCGCUGGACAAGCGAUAUAAAUCAAAUGUCCCAGCUGGCUAUGGAGGGUGUCAAGAGCUUUCCCCGUCCCGAACUGGAGGCACGCGCUCUCAUCGAGGGACAAAUGAUGCAUUAUCGCAGCGUCGCCGUCAUGUGCGGCUUUCCCAUUGGACCCCACAGCGCCGCCUAUCGCGCCCGCUACGCCUUCUACGAGUAUCGCGAGGUCAACUGCAACUGUCGCCGCUGUCUCAUGCGCCGUGGCCGUCGGCCCAAGCUCAGCUAUGGCACUUACUUCAGACAGCGGACGGCCGGCGUGCCCAAGCUAAUGGCCACACCCACGCCUGGCUCUGAUGAGAUCUACACACCACUGAUCGAUCGCUACAAAUCCAUGUGCCGCCUGCUUGGCUGCCAGCAAUCCGAUUCAGGACACUCCAGUCAGCAGCAUCUUCCAUCCAAUGAGUCCUCAUUAAAUUUGUUGUAUUGA